ACUAAGCUCAAGCUCUAGUGGAUCGAUGGUGCUCCGUCGCCUCUUCACCUCCAGCUCCGCCUCGGCCUCGGCCGCGCCGCGCAUGGUGCAGCAGCGCGUGCAGACGCAGCUGUCGCUGCUGUCCGAGGCCGCAUCGACGCCCAAGACGCGCGUCGUGUUCGUGUCGCGCGCCGCCGCCGCCUCCUCCGAGCUGCAGAGUGCGCUGCCCUUCCCCGUGUCCGCCGCCGCGCUGAGCGACUUCAAGGCCAAGCCGCAGGAGAAGCUGUACCUGUACCCGAGCGUGGACGACGCGGCCUUCAACGACCAGCGCGUGCUGCUCGUGGGGCUCGGAGACGCCGAGAAGGUCACGCCCAACACGCUGAGGGACGCCACGCACGGCGCUCUGAGCGCGCUCAAGGCCAAGCGCGCCACGGACGUCGUGGUGCAGGUGCCCAACCUUCAGGGCGGCAAGAUCGACGCCGCCCGCGUGGUGGAGCUGGUGUCCCAGGCCUCCAUGCUGUCCAACUACCAGUUCGACCAGUACCUGACGGACUCCAAGGACGCCUACGGAGACAGCAAGCUGCGUCUGCCGCUGGAGCAGAUUUACGUGGACGCGUCGGCCGAGUUCCAGAAGAAUGUGGCGGAGCAGGCGACGGUCGGCGAGGAGACCAUCUUUGCGCGCAACCUCGGCAAUGAGCGCUCGCACGUUGUGAACCCGGCGUUUAUGGAGGAGGUGGCGCGUGCGUCGGCCGACCUCCCCAACAUGUCUGUCCGCGUGCUGCAGCAGGAGGAUCUGGAAAAGGAAGGCAUGAACAUGUUCCUGAGUGUCGGUCAGGCCGCCGUCUGCCCUCCUCGCCUAGUGAUUCUUGAGUACCGUGGUAACCCCGACUCGGACGAGAAGGUUGCGUUGGUGGGCAAGGGCGUCACGUUCGAUACUGGCGGCUUGAACCUUAAGCCUACGGGUUCGAUCGAAGAUAUGCACACGGACAUGUGCGGCUCUGCUGCUGUCCUCGGAGCUGUGCGCGCCGCCUCGCGCCAGAAUCUCAAGGUAAACGUUGUGUGCGCCCUUGCGCUCGCUGAGAACGCUAUUGGAUCCAAGGCAGUGAAGCCGCUUACGAUUGUCAAGUCGCACAAGGGCAUCACUGUGGAGAACAACAACACCGAUGCCGAGGGCCGUCUGGUGCUUGGUGAUGCGAUGUCGUAUGUGCAGAAGGAGUACAAGCCCAAGAAGGUCAUCGACGUCGCCACCUUGACUGGCGCGUGCAUGGUAGCUCUGGGCGAGCACUGCGCUGGCUUGUUCUCCAACUCGGACGACUUCGCCAAGAAGCUGCAGGAGGCAGGAACGGAUUGCCACGAGCGCUGCUGGCAUCUGCCAAUUCUCCCUGAGCACACUGCCGCGCUGAAGGGCACGCAGUCGGACUCGCGCAGCACGGGCCGUGGCCGCUACGGUGGCGCGUCCACUGCCGCAGCUUUCCUGCAGCAGUUCGUUUACGAGGGCGUGGACUGGGCACACCUGGACAUUGCUGGUCCUUCAAACUACAGCGCCGCCAAGUCGUACUUCCCCAAGGGGGCCACGGGCUUUGGCGUGCAAUUGCUCUACAACUACCUCAAGGAACACGAGCAGCAUUAG